AUGACUACCAUGGACAAAGUGUUCGCCAGCUACGCUGCCCGCCAAGCUAUCCUCCAGACGAGCACAAACCCCUUCACCAAAGGCAUCGCCUGGAUUGAAGGGGAGUACUUUCCCCUCGCCGAAGCACGCAUCCCAAUGCUCGACGAAGGUUUCAUGCGCAGCGACCUCACCUACGACGUCCCUUCAGUCUGGGAUGGGCGGUUCUUCCGCCUCGACGACCACCUUACCCGUCUGGAAACAAGCUGCUCGAAGCUCUGUCUGAGACUCCCCCUCCCGCGCGAGCAAGUCAAGCGCAUCCUGGUCGAAAUGGUCUCCAAAAGCGGAAUCCGUGACGCAUUCGUGCAGCUCAUAGUCACGCGUGGACUUAAGGGCGUUCGUGGCAACAAACCCGAGGAUAUCGUUAAUCGUCUGUACAUGCUUGUUCAGCCUUAUGUCUGGGUCAUGGAUCCAGAUGUCCAGCGAGUUGGCGGCAGUGCCGUGGUUACUCGCACUGUCCGCCGGGUGCCCCCCGGUGCCAUUGACCCCACGGUUAAGAACCUGCAAUGGGGAGAUUUGGUCCGCGGCCUGUUCGAGGCUUCGGAUCGGGGUGCUACGUACCCCUUCCUUACGGACGGCGAUACAAACCUCACCGAGGGUUCUGGGUUUAACAUCAUCCUCGUCAAGGACGGUGUGCUGUAUACCCCGGACCGCGGGGUAUUGGAAGGAGUGACGCGGAAGAGUGUCAUUGACGUCGCCCGGGCCCGAGGCUUCGAUAUUCGAGUCGAGGUCGUUCCUGUCCAAUUAACGUACCAGGCGGAUGAGAUAUUCAUGUCUACGACGGCGGGAGGUAUCAUGCCUAUUACUUCGUUGGAUGGCCGUCCGAUAAACGGUGGUCGGAUUGGUCCGGUGACCAAGGCGAUUUGGGAUGGAUAUUGGGCCAUUCACUACGAUCCGCAAUUCAGCUUCCAGGUCCAAUAUGAGGAUGCGCAAUCCGGAAGGGCAUUGAAUGGUGCUGGGAAGCUGUGA